AUGUCUUCUCCUCCUCCUACAAAGCCCCCAAGAGGGGUUAAACAAGGCAAAGAAACUAGUGGACUUCUCAUGUCCGUGAUACGCACAUUAUCAGCAAGUGAAACAAAUGAGCAACGAGAAAAGGAGAGGGCAAAGCUAGAAAAGGAAUACAAAAAGAGUGACGCGAGGCUAGAUGAGUUGGUGGCUGCACAUGCACAAGAAAUCAUGGAAGUUAUGCAGAAAUUCAGCAGUGUGAGCACUGCAAUGACAGUUUGGGGUCAACACUGCGAUGCUGCAGUGGCUCGUUUGGCAGCAUGCCGAGGACUGUUGCAGCUGCGGAGGGAUGACUUGAAGAGGCUCUGGGCUGAUGCUCGCACCCACCAUUAUGCACUACAGAUGUUGACUGAUAUCGAACGCGUAGUAGUGUCGGAGCGUGAGACUCGGGAACUGAUAUCUGCCGGACGCGUACUGGCCGCUGCGUAUACGUUGCGCACUGCGCUCGAUACUGCUGAUACAAGCCUGUCGCAUGUGGACGCGUUACAUUCCACUAGGCAACAUCUUGAUGCUAAAAAGAGGGAGUUAGUGGAGGUGAUAGUGCGUCGCAUCAGUGAGGCCGUGUACCGCGGUGACCGCAGCCCGCUGCUGCGGCGAGUCUCUGCCAGGCGGCGUACGGCGCUGUUGCUGUCCGAACUGACUAAAAACGAAGAGGUGACGGAUGCUCACCUCCAAGAUAUCACGCCGGAGUUUGAGGCUUCUCUCUCUGAAGAGGACAAGACCUUUGAAACUACUGUUAUGAUAUCGCUGGAAGCACUCGGCGUGCUGGAGUUACUUAAAGAGGCUACAGAGAAGUUUAAAGUGCAAAUCCAGAACGAACUUCUGGACGUGAUAGACUCAGUGUCUCGUCGUAUUAUCGACGAAGUAGACGUAGAGGCUGAAGUCGAGUGCGAAGAGGACGGCGAUACACCGGACGCCGAGUGUGUGACAGAGACGGCGCGACCGCUCGCCAGGCUGGUCGCCACGCUGGGGCAGGAGUUCCGCGCGUGCGCCGCGAGGAAUAAGAGGCUAUUGCAAUUGUGGCGUGCUGCGUUACAAAGGCAUAAGAUAUCGGAUUCUUAUCUUCACACUGAGCAACAUUACUGGAGCGCUGUUCAACAAGUCUUCCAACUUCUGCUAACCGAGUACUUGGACAUCGAAAGCGUGAACUUAGCCGCGGUUCGUUCUACGGGCGCCGCUAAUAGCGAAGUUAACACCGAACUGCGGCUCGCGGACUACUUCGCCAAGAAAAAACCGCAGAGGCGACGCGCUAAACUGUUCAAGUUGAACGCCGGUGGUGGGGCGUGUCCGGGAGUAGGCGUGAACCCCGCGGGCGCUCGCCGCCGCCUCGUGUGCCGCGCCGAGCCCGCGCACCUGCACGCGCUGUUGCCGCACCUGCACGCGCUGUGCGCGCACAUCGAGGCGCUGCACCCUGGUGGCGAAUGUUCUCUGCGUGCCUUCGUGACGGACUACGUUCGUUCCGGUGAAGGGGAGAGGUUGGCGACCGCCGCCCGAACUGCCAUAGACACUGCCAUGCGGGCCCCCUCCGCGUGGAGGCAGACCGUCAGAGCGCCACCUAGCGGGUCACGUCAUCGAAUAAUAUUCGCGUGCUGCGCGGAAGGCUGGCAAGCUGUAGUGGACGCGGCUCUGGCUGCUAAGCGAUGCGGCCCAUGCGGUGGAGUUGAAGCUUUACGUGCUACCACAGGUGCCCUAGCCGCACUGGCGACGCAAUGUCGCGCGGCGCACGCGCGAAUGACUCCCGGCGCCAGCGGCACGGGCGGCUCGCGCGCGACCCGCUGGCUGGCUGACGACGACAUCGUGCGCUUCCUGCAGUCGCUGCCCAACUGGCGCGCCCUCAGCGACCCCGCGCCCACUCCCGCGCAGGAACUGAAACAAGCUUACGAGCGUGAGGCUGAAAUCCUGGGUUCCAGCUUAGGCGACGGCGCGGUCACUAGAAGGGAAAUUGUCGCCGACGUAAACGUGCUCGCUGACUUGGCUAUGCUCUGUGAAACUAUGGACUGGCUAAGCACAAACAUAAAGACGAUCCCGUCAAUUGUAAGCGGAACUUCCACCACCGGCGGCGGCAUCAGGCUGACCGACAAGUUUGUCAACGACAUCAACUCCGCCGCAAUGAUAUUCGAAGAGAUAUCGCACAAGUGCCUCUUGUUCCUGCAUUUGGAACUCCGCAUCGAGUGUUUCUAUUACCUGGGGCAAGAAGAACGUGCGGAAGGCACUGAAGAAGGCGGGCCGGAAGCUGGUGGCGCCGCAAGAUUAGCGCACGCUUUACUUGCCUUCCAUGAACAUGCUGCGGCUAUAUUGGCGCCCAAUGCUACCGCGUACGUAUUCGGUGGCCUCGGCGAGAUGAUGUCUGCGGGCGUAGUAUGGCGCUGGCAAGGCGGUGAAGUAAGCGCCGCGCACACUUCGAGCGCCACUGCGCGCCUCGCCACGCUGCGGCAUGCGCUCGCCGCGCUGCAGCUGCCGCACGACGGGCUGCACCGCGCCCACGCCUACCUGCACCUGCUGGCCUGCGAGCCCGGCGAGAUAAUAUCAUCGGUCCGCGAGAAAGGCGCCCAGUUCUCCGAGCUGGAAUACUUGAACGCGUUCAAAGUGAUUGGCGCCCGUCGCGGGUUAUCACCGGCCGAUAUGCGAGCACAACUGAAACAUUUAUCCACUGCCUUGGGUCACGUGGGCGUUACUGUUUAA